AUGUUGAAAGCCGAUCUCACAGAUGUCCUCAAGCCCUCCUUCAUCUCCCUGAGGACCGAGGUCUACCUUCAGAAAGAUCUCGGCUCCCUUCGGCGUGUGCAGCGCCUGCUCUCAGGCAUGAUUUCUUCGGCUCGAGACUCUGGCGAUCCGUCGGCCGUGCAGAAGGUUCACCGAUCUAUCGUGGAAUCGGGCAUCACGCAGCUGAUUGUGCAAAUGUUGGAUGACCAGGUUUUUGUGGGAGCCCCUGAAGAUGUCACCGAUGCCGCAUGGCAGCUGCUGAUCGAUGUCCUCUGUGAGAAGAGGAGUGCCUCUGGUGUGCAGCAGGUGAGCAAAGCGGUGCAGCAAAGCAUCCUCCAGGUCUGCAAGACAGGCGUGGAUGCGGGCAUGUUCGAGUCCUUUCGGGAGAUACUUGGCAUCGUCAUUAGCAAGUCCAAGGCAGUGCGAAGCUUGAAGCUACUCGCCAAGCUGAAUCCAGAGGAGCAGCGCCAAAUUGACGACCUGAAGGCCAGCAUGAAGGAUGCAGUGCGUGCCAUGGAGGCCAUGCGGCUCAUGGUGGAGGGGCACUUCUUCCCGAUGCAGCAGCACCUGAGCUCGUUGAG